GGAGGCAGCAACAAUGGACUCUCGAACGCGGCUUCCCAUGUCGUGUUACGCCUUCCGAGAAAGCUAAUAAAAGUGAAGUACUCCAUCCUCCCUCGAGGUCAUACGAUCGUCACUACUCUCACAAUUCGCAUCGUAAUGCCGCUGCCCACGAGCGAAGAGAUGCCCGGUCAACCUGGCCCGCCUACGCCCUCCGACAUGACACCCCCUUCCGCGAACAUCAGGAUCUCGCCAGGGCUCUCUCCUUCUGCCGCCGAUCCCCCCGGUUCGCAAUGCAGCGACUCUCCCUGUUCCUCGACGCACUUCUUCUUCUACUUCUCCGGCGCUGGACGAUCCAUGUUGUGUCUACUACGCACGAAUGCCCUCGGUCUGCACGAUGCUUCGCAUCCCCGCCUCUCGCAUCGAUCUCACCCGAGACGAUCUAGAGGCUUUCCACCUUCGCCAGGCAGCUCGGCAGUCCGCAAGGCAGGCUAGACCCAGCAGCUCGUAUGUCCGACUGAGCCCAGGACCGAGCCACCCUACCCGGCUCUCACUCAUCUCCCCAAAUCAAAAUCUGGGCCAGCGGAAGGCUUUGUGCUCUGCUUCGUCUGAAGUUGAUGACGGUCGUGCGGCUGACGAGGAGCUUGGAGAGCGUGCUACGACUGCGGGUGAGUUCGAGCCCUAUGGUGAUCAUGAGCGUGUCGGGGACCGGCAUGGUUUGCAUGACCAGGCGAGAGGGGCACCGGGACGCAUCUCCCUCCGCCCUUUGCAUGACAAGAGGUCCUCGCCGCGCCAUCCUAGCGGCAGGACACUUGAUGCCCAUCAACACGGAGACGAAGCAGGCUUGUCUCCUUACACUGAAUUGGUAGAUGGUGCUCAAGGACAACGGAACGCAUUCGCCGAGCUUCCCACAGCGGUCCUGCAACGAGGAUGUCCGGUUGGAGGGGCCACGCAUGCGAGUGCACUUUCGCCCAUCGGUCCAGCCUCUGCGCCUCAAUUUCCGCCAUCUCUGACAUCUUCCAACACGAGAGCUUGGCUCUUGCAUUCGACAGGCGGCGAUGUCCAACAGAAUGUGCCUUUCCCACGCCCAAUUGAUAUCCCGGACCGCCAUCGGCCGGAGCUUUUUUUGCACGAUUCGAGAACUACCUCGACAGAUCGGCAACCCGUACCUUUCGUAAUACUAUCUGAUGACAGUACUCAGACCAUCUCCAAUCCUGUCUUGGAUCCAGGUGCACCAGUCUUCGUCCCCCGAACUCGCUUUGGGACUACUCUGCAUUCGUCAGCGGAUGGCACGGCUCUGACGCACCUCCAGCCUCAUUGGGGAAACUCGAGCAAUACUUAUGUUGGAUCGGACCUCCGAUUGCAGUCUUCGUCGGAGCGCAAUGCGGAUUCACUAGUCGGAUAUCAUCAUCGGGGCCGUCCGAGCAGAGAGGUUGGGAGAGAGCCCAGUCAUCACACUCAGCGCACCCAAAGCGAGCAGACGAAUGAUGGAUGGACCCAAAACGCCGCAAUGCCACCAAGGCCGUGGCAUCUGGAGCGCCGCCCCUUGAUGCGUUACUCUUCUAGCACAAGUUCCCAGCGUCUCCCGAGCAGCAGUCUCCGCCAUUCGUCCAGCCAAGCAGACGACGGCAGACUGCUAUCCUUCACAUCGCACACACGCCCGCCACAUCGCAACUUUUCCCAGCACGACUUCCGCAUCAAUCAUGCUCGCAUAGGCAGCUACAGCCCGUUGGAAGGCCUUUACUCGCGCACUCGCUCCGCGUCUCCGGCCGUGUCGCUACACAGUCGGUCAACGCCGAACCUCCUGCGCCUCCCUCGCUCAGCACCUCACAUCGGGAGUCGUGAGAGCUCGUUAUCAUGGCGAAGUACCGACUCCCGCUUGUCAGGCUCCAGACGCUAUCCCAGCAUGGUCAGCGCGGUGAGCGAUGGCGAAGAGGGGCCAGGUGGUGCUGCAUCUCGACGCUGCUCGGAAAGAGAACUCGAUGCGACGGAAGAGUUCCUGCGGCGCCGGAACUCCCCUUUGGACGAGUUGACGGAGCGGAUCAGUCGGAUGCGCUCGGUUGGCAGGUCCUGGGAGAGGCCGCCUGGGAAUCGUCGGAGAGUGUCUUUGCUUACCGGAGAUCCAUUUCGACAAGAUUCGUCACUCCAUCAGCCAACUCCUGCUAUGCCUCACAGCACUCCUGUUUCGUCCUCCACUCGCGAACGGCUCGAGGGUGAAAUCGCCGAGGAAGAAGCAGAAAGCCUGGUCGAAGAUGUCGCUGCACUGUCCCUUGCUCUCCCGCCUUCAACGCCACUGGCACCCAGCCUGGAGAGCGUAGCAAGUAGUCCGCCGAUUGGUUGCAAUCCCGCAACGGACACGAGUCGAUCCGCUCUGUCCCAACUAUCUCCUUCAAAGCCCUCAACAUCGUCCGAAAGCCACGGAAAGCGCAAAAGCGCUGCGAAAGCGGUGCCAGCAACUCCAAAAGUCGGCGUUUACAACGAUAGUCUGCCUCCGAAUACCCAGCCGCAGACACCAGCCGACAUUAUGAGAUCCACACGAGCGAAAAAUCGCUCCGACGCAGCUACCAUGGCCCCGCAGUCGCCGAUAUAUGUAGGCCGGGCGAUUCUGGGACAAGCGACACCUGCUAUUCCAGAACGAAGGAUGCAUGUUACCGCUUAUCCGCCUCCCGCAACAGCUACUGGUAGGACACCGUCUGCAACACAUGCCUCUGCUGCUCCUGCUUUGCACGCUACGGAUGGGGGACGGGAAGUUCAGCGGUCUCAGCGCCAUCGCCGUCCUACGCACCGUCAGGCUCGUCACGAGGAGGUUGAGAACGAACUUGAGGGACAUCUUGAUGGGCUGGAAGAGGAUCGACGCUUGUGGAUGGAUAGGCGUGAGGUUGGUGGUGGGUUGGAAAGUACGCCGCCGAGGGAGGGGCGGUUUGAGCGGUAUCUGUCUUGAGGGAUGCAUCGAUUCACGGAGUGUGCGAAUCGAGUAAUGGACA